AUGUCAGACAGAUCCUGGUCCCCACCUUUAGACCUCUCCACCCGGACCCUCCAAUCGCUCUCAAUAAUCCGCGCCCGCCCCGAGCACCUUCCCGCAAUCCACAAGAUCCAAGUCCUCGCCUACCCUGGUCGGACAGACUUUCACGAGUCUGAGGACGUUUUUCGGUCAAAGAUGGAGGCCUACCCUGCGGGGAACUUUGUUGCGCUCGCGACUUAUUCUGUUGUUACGCAUGAUGAUACUUCGACUUGGGUUGGUGCUGAGGAAGGGGAUGAGGGGGAGGUUGAGGAGGUAGAGAUAGAGGGAGAGGAGGAGGAGGAGGAGGGGGAGGGGGAGGGGGAGGUUGUGCAUGGGAUUUCGGUUGUGGAGAUUACAGAGACGGGACCGGAUGGGUCUAGCACGACGACGACUACGACCUCGACUACGACGUCGAUUGGAGGAGAAACGGUUGAACAUGUUGAUAUUGUGCGCGCACGGACGCCUGAUAUCUUGGAGGGGACCGAUGAUGAGGAUAAUGGCCCUCCUUUGCCUGAUAAGCGAUCCACGGGUUUGGAUGUCCCGCAUGCUCGCCAUGGACAUGGGCAUGGACAUGAUUCAAAGUCAGCAGGGGGUGGAGGUGAUGCUGCUGCGUCAUCGAUCACGGGUGCACCUGCAGAGAAGGCUGGGGGAGAGGAAGAAGAGGAGGAGGAGGAUACGACGGUCUUGUUCCAGUGGGAAGAACCGGUCGGCUACCUAUUCUCACAUCCCUACAGCCGCGAAUCCGUCACCCUCCACCGCAUGGGCGCCCACGCCGCUACCGCCACCGAGGAGGAGGAGAAGAAGAAGGGUGAGGCGUCCUCAAAGCAGAAGCGAAUCCGAUUGGAAGGCGGCGGAACUGCUGCUGGCAAGGACCACCUUCAGGAUGAUGACGAAGAGGAGUCCGAGGGAGAGACAAAGUAUGACCAUGACCAGUGGAUGGAGAAGUACUACAUCCAUGAUUGUGCGAUCCACCCGAGUUGGAGGGGCCGGGGUCUGGCUUCGAAGCUGUGGAAAGCUCUUGAGGAGUCUUUGGUCUCGAACCGAGAUGUUCACGGAGGAGAGGGUGCUCCUGGUGCUGGUGAGGGUGCGAGUGGGGAUCUGGUAGAUACUGAGGAAGAGGAGGAGGAGGGUAGUGGAAGUCAUUCCGAGAGCGCCAACAGCGACGACAACACAGCAUCGAAGGAAACAUCAACAACGCGUCGUCGUCGUGGAGGUCGUCGGGGUUCGAAAAAGACCCGCAGUCACGCCCACGGACACAGGCACAGGAGAAGAAAGGGCGCGCCAAACCUCAAGGAGAUUGUCCUCGUGAGUGUGCAGGGCACGAAACCGUUCUGGCAGCACGCGGGCGGGUUCCAGGUUGUUGCGGAUCAUGAUAUGGAUUUGAGUGUUUAUGGUGCGGAGGGAGAGGCGUUCUUGAUGCAGAAGAUAUUUGUCUUUUGA